AUGGCGACACCAGAAACUGUUGACAGCAUUUUGGACAUGCCGUGUUCGUGGCGGGAAUAUGUGGCUAACGUUUUCCUGGAGAGCGGACAUGUCAACAGGGCGGCUAUUGUAGGACAGGACGGCCGACGUUGGGCGGCAUCACCAGCAUUUGAUGUCACAUCCUCGGAGAUUCAGGCUAUUCUGGACGGGUUCGUGGAUCCCUCUUCCAUACGGGCGUUAGGGAUUAGUCUAAGCAACAAACGGUACACAUGUACCCGUCAAGACAGCACGGUGAUGGUAGGUCGGGACAGUGCAACAGGGUUUGGCUGUGUCAUCUAUAAGUGUAAGUCAUGUCUCCUUAUAGGUGUUUAUGAGGAAUCAGGCCACCCGGGUGGGUGCUACAGCAUGUUGGUCAAAGUUGGAGACUACCUGAAGGAUCAGGGCUAUUGA